GCCUCUGACAGAAAUUUGUGCAUUCUCAAAUUCCAAGGUGUCUAAACUGGGAAUUUCCCUGCCUAACUUUCUUCUCUUCCUGCCCUCAAGGUCUUUGGGAUUCCCCCUGUUUCCUUCCCUCAGGCAGUCUUACAUUCCUGUCCACCUGCAGGUCCAAAAAAAAAAAUUAUGAUUGCCUUCACCCCGCCCUGGAAUUGCUUCACGUACUAAGCCAUUUCCCAAAACUCAGCCGUUUCAGUUGGGGUGGGGUUAGCCAAGAGCCGAGGAGUGAAGAGGAAGGCCAAAACUUUUCUCCAGCGCCGGAACAGCCCGGGUGCUCCAGAGCCACUGCAGAAAGGAAAAGCAGACAGGGAAAGAACCGACGGCUGAGCCAGAAAUGCAGCCACUUCGCCAGUUUUUCUGCCUCCUCGGUGCCCUUUUGGCGUUUUGUGCAGAGGCCAUUGAUGGAACCUGUGACCCUCGAGAAGCUCAGAUCAUAGGUGGCGACUACACGGUGCUGGAGAAUGGCACGGUGCUGCAAUAUAAAUGCCCGGAGGGACAAUAUCCGUACCCAACAGAGUUCCGGACUUGCGAUUACGGCAGGUGGUGGAAUACAAUGACAAACGCCUUUGGCAACACCGUCCGUCAAGCCAAGUGCCAAGACAUCCGCUGCCAUAGGCCUGUGGAGUUUGAGAAUGGCCUCUAUGAACCAAAGCAGCUGUACUAUAACAUCAGCCAGGAGCUGACGUUUGAGUGCUACGGAGGGUACAAAAUGUACGGGUCCCAGAAGCGCACCUGCCUCCCCAAUGGGAAGUGGAGUGGAGAGACGACCAGAUGUGACGACGGAGCUGGUCACUGUCCGAACCCUGGUAUCCCAAUUGGUGCUCGAAAAUCUGGCGUCCAGUACAGGAUAGAAUAUCGGGUCCGCUACACUUGUGACAGAGGACUCACUCUUGUGGGAUCGAAAGAACGGGUCUGCCAAGAAUCGAAAUCCUGGAGCGGAGCGGAACCAGAAUGUCUAAGCCCAUUUACUUUCGACACUCCGGAAGAAGUCUCCUCCAAGUUCAUUGCAUCCCUCACAGAAGCGGUUGAGACCCUGGAUGCAGAUAAGAAUAAUUCUGUGCUGGAGAAGCGUAAAAUCAAGAUUGAGAAGGAUGGCUUAAUGAACAUUUACCUGGUCCUCGACGCUUCCCGAAGCAUUGGCAAGCCAAGUUUCAAGCACGCUCAGAACAUGUCAAUCAAGUUAAUUGAAAAGAUCUCCAGCUAUGACACCUUCCCCAGGUAUGGCAUCGUCACUUUUGCCACCCACGCCAAAGAGCUGGUGCGAACAACCGACGCAAACAGCAAUGAUGCCGCCUGGGUGAUUGAGCAACUGGAGGGCAUGAAAUAUGGAGAUCACAAGAAGAAGCCUGGAACCAAUAUCCAGAAAGGCUUACAAGCUGUCUAUAAUAUGAUGAUCAGUCAACAAGCAGUGGAGAAUGAACAGGGAUUGAACCCUGCUCCAGUCGCCACCAAAACUCGUCAUGUUAUCAUCCUCCUGAGUGAUGGUAACUACAAUAUGGGAGGUAAUCCCAUUGUUGUCAUCCGGCAAAUCAGGGAAUUCCUUAAUAUUGGACAUGAUCGCCGCAAUCCUCGUGAAGACUACUUAGAUGUUUAUGUCUUUGCUAUUGGAGACAAGGCCCACAUGGAGAGGGUGAAUGAGCUGGCAUCUCAGAAGCGUGAUGAGAAACAUGCCUUCAAAAUCAAAGACUUUGAUGAGCUGCAGGAGGCCUUUGAUAAAAUGAUCGGUAAUGUGAACCUACAAGAGUCCUGGGCUUUCAGACACCUUUUUGCUUGUGACCUUCAAGAGCAUGAUCUCAAGCGCCUAUUCUUAGAGAGCACUUCCCAUACAGUGGUGCCUCGCUUAACGACAAUAAUCCGUUCCAGGAACAUCGCCGUUAAGAGCAAGAUUCAGCUGUUGAAUUUCUACCGACAUUGCUGCAGUCAAAGGCACAGAUGCCCAGCUAGAAACACCUAUGGCUGCCAGGUCAUAUCUGAACCAGAGAUGGGCAUGCACCUCAGUUCAGUGGUUCACACCAGUUUUUACGCAAGGCACCACAGUAGCCCAGGCAUCUAUUUCCAAGUAAACGUACACAGGAUCGGCCCUGUUGCCGAGUCCCUUCAGUGUCCCAUUUUAACUCUCCUUUAUGCUUUUCUCUUUUCCAAAUCAAAGCGGGAAGGGAAGGGAUUUGAGUACUGCAAAGGAGCCCUCAUUUCCGAAUAUUACGUCCUGACAGCCGCCCACUGCUUCACCAUUGAUGACAAGGCAGAGCAGAUCACUGUCAAGAUUGGAAGGCAGAGCUCUGAAAGGCAGAGCUUCGACGUGGCUGCUGUCCAUUCCCACCCACUGUAUCAGCUUCAAAAGCUAAAGGAUCGUAAAAUUGACGAAUUCUACGAUUAUGACAUUGCCCUGGUGAAACUCACUGUCAAAGUUAAACUAUCUGUUUUUGCAAGGCCAAUCUGCUUACCUUGUACAGCAGGAGCCACUCGAGCUCUGAGGAAACCCCACCCACAGACCACCUGCAAGGAACAUGAGGAAAUGCUCCUGCCUGCUGGGAAUGUUGCUUCCUUUUUUGUAACCGACUGCAGUCACAGUAGUGGAGGCAAUAGGCUGCUUCGCCAAACUGUGCACAUCAAGAAUAGUGAACUGAAAAUGGCCUGUGAGGAAGACGCAAAGAAAGCCAAGCACUAUGUAAAUGUCACCGAUGUCUCAGAGGUGGUGACGGACCGUUUCCUCUGCACGGGUGGUAUUGACCCAGUGGUAGACCCGAACACGUGCAAAGGUGAUUCUGGUGGCCCCCUUAUCAUUCAGAACCGGCUGCGUUAUGUUCAGGUGGGGGUGAUCAGCUGGGGUGUGGUUGACGUCUGUCAAAAGAGGCUCCCUGCGUGUGACAAAAAUAUCCGGGUGCAAUCGCCCAGCUUUGCCAGGGAUUUUCACAUCAACAUUUUCAAGGUCUUGCCUUGGCUUAAGCAACGGCUGAGUGACGAGGGACUGGACUUCCUGUAGAAGGGCUCCUCCUGGCCCACCCACAUCACUUGGCGGAAAUGGAACACUCUGUAGACUGACCACAUUCCUAACAAAUGGGUAUAACAUUUCCUUGUGGGGAGGAAGAAAAAUCUCUGAGUGACAUAAAUAUGUUCAUCUGCUUA